AUGUUCUUGACGAGAAGCGAGUACGAUAGAGGGGUCAGCACUUUCUCCCCAGAGGGGAGACUGUUCCAAGUCGAGUACUCCCUCGAGGCUAUCAAAUUGGGGUCCACAGCGAUAGGGAUCACAACAAGCGAGGGUGUAGUGCUCGGUGUGGAGAAGAGGGCCACCUCCCCACUGUUGGAGUCUGACUCCAUCGAAAAGAUCGUCGAGAUAGACAGGCACAUUGGGUGUGCCAUGAGUGGGCUUACUGCUGAUGCAAGGUCUAUGAUCGAACAUGCAAGAACCUCGGCGAUCACUCACGAUUUGUACUACGAUGAAAACAUUAAAGUGGAGUCUCUGACACAGUCCGUGUGUGAUCUGGCGCUCAGGUUCGGGGAGGGUGCCGCGGGGGAGGAGAGACUCAUGUCUAGACCCUUUGGUGUCGCGUUGCUCAUCGCUGGAUACGACGCGGACGAUGGGUACCAAUUGUACCAUGCGGAACCCUCGGGCACUUUCUACAGGUACAAUGCAAAGGCUAUUGGGUCCGGUUCAGAGGGGGCCCAGUCGGAACUGCAGAACGAGUGGCACUCGUCACUCAACAUGAGGGACGCAGAAGUCCUCACCCUCAAAAUAUUGAAACAAGUCAUGGAGGAGAAAUUGGACCAGAACAACGUCCAACUCUGCUGCAUUACAAAGGACGGCGGGUUCGAGAUAUACGACAAUAAGAAGACAGGUGAGAUUAUCAAACUGCUCAAGGAGAAGGAGGAAGAGGAGAAGACGCAGCAGGAGCAAGACCAACAGCAGGGUGAGGAUGUCGAAAUGUCCUAG